CAGCAGCAGACGACUGUAGAGUUUAGUAGUUCGUGUCGUGCGUUUGUACGGUAUUGUGUUGCGUUUUCUGUGUAAUAUGUAAGUGAUUUGAUGGUGGAGACAGGAAAUCACGGAAAGACACAUAUUGAGUGUGUGAGCUUGUGUUUCCGCAUUGCGAGCAGGAGGUGACUAGUGUUUAGACAAACAUAUUAGCGCACAUUACGUACCUGUGCUGUUCGGCAAUUACGAAGAACACCAGAUCGACGCGUGGUGGCUUAGGAGGGCAAUCAUGGACUGCAAGGGAACUAGUCGGGUGAAAAAAGAGAAGAGUGAAAUAUAUGCUGAACCAGAAUCCUUGGUCCUCACCCUAUUCCACAACACUCCCCAUACUGGGUGUAUUGGCUGUUACAUCAUGUUUGAUCACCUUACCAGUUUCUUGAAGGUCCGCUAAAGAUUUUAAUGCCUAGUCUCCAUAUAAAGCAAGACCUAGAACUGAAACAGGAGGAUGGCAUUGAGCGUGAUUGUCUUGAAGAUAACUUGGGAAUCUCUCAUCCAAAUGAUUUUAUCAAGGAGGAUCCUGAACUAAAUUUGGAGGUGGCAGCCUCAAUAAGAAAAGCAUCUGAUAGUUUAAGUUUUAUUCAAAGUGCUGGUGACAGCUGUGACAUUUCAUAUCAAGAAACAUCACAUCAAGGAGUAGUCAAUGACAAGCUGGAGAUAUAUGCAGAGAAGUCAACAGAUUUCAGUGUGUCUCACAACUAUACCAAAAUACAGACUUCUCAAGAAGACGGCUUAUGUGGCACAAGAUUAAGUUGUAGCAUCAGGGAAAAGGAAUUCCAUAAGUUUAACUGUAGUUUCUGCCUACAGAGCUUCCCUUCAAAAUACAGACUCAUAAUGCAUGUCUUCAUCCACAUUGACGGUGUGCAGGCACCUUCAUAUGUGUGUAAGUCAUGUGGUGAGGUAUUUCCUACUGAUGACUGCUUUAAAGAACAUUUGAGAAUGAGGGAGGGUGACCAAGCGUUAUCUGCUACCAACAGCGAGACACUUGAAUGCAGUGAUGAUCAUGAAAACAAUAUCUCCUUUGAGUGUGUACAAGACGGAAUCGUGGAACAGACUGAGGAGCCCCCUUCAUACAAGGUACCCAGGAAAACUUUUAAAAAAUCGUUUAAUGACAUAUGUAAUACACAUACUGUGAAAGAAACUGAAGAGAAACUCGAAAGAUGUAAUGACUGUGGAAUUUUAUCUACAAGUGACCAUGUUCAUGUCCACACUGUGCUAAGUGCAACGAGACAUCACAAAUGUGAUGUUUGUGGUAAAACGUUUCCUUUGUUAUGCAAUCUUCAGGGACACAAAUUAAUACACACUGGAGAGAGACCUCACGGAUGCGAUGUUUGUGGAAAAUCGUUUACUGAAAGGGGCAAUCUCAAGCAACAUGAAUUAAUACACACUGGACAGAGACCACACAAAUGCGAUAUCUGUGGAAAAUCAUUUACUCAGUCGGCCCAUCUGAAGACCCACAGUUUAAUACACACAGGAAAGAGACCACACACAUGCGAUGUCUGUGGAAAACCAUUUACUCAGUCGGGCCAUCUCAAGACCCACAUUUUAAUACACACAGGAAAGAGACCACACAAAUGCGAUGUGUGUGCAAAAUCGUUUACUGAAAGGGGCAAUCUGAAGAAACAUGAAUUAAUACACAGUGGACAGAGACCACACAAAUGCGAUGUCUGUGGAAAAUCAUUUACUCAGUUGGGCAAUCUCAAGACCCAUAUUUUAAUACACACAAGAAAGAGACCACACAAAUGCGGUGUGUGUGGAAAAUCAUUUACUGAAAGGGACAGUCUCAAGAAACAUGAAUUAAUACACACAGAAGAGAAACAAUUUACCACAAGUAUCACAUUUGUGGGGUCUAAUGUAUUGAGUAAUCUCAAGGCCCACAAGUUAUCACACAGUGGAAAGAGACCCUACACAUGUAGUAUUUGUGGAAAAUCUUUUACUCAUUGGGGCAGUCACAGGAAACACAAAUUAAUACACACUACAUAGAGACCUCUCAAAGUAUUGUUGAGGUCUGUAGACCUACACAUGUUCAUAGAAGACCACUCGUGUUUUAUGAAAAUUGUUCGCGUGUGCUACAGAGAGGUCACAAAAAAUACGACAAAUCCAUUUCCGCAGCUUCACAUUUGAAGAAGUUAGAUACUAAAUACAAUAUAUGAAGCGCACAAUUGUGAUUUUUUGUUGCAAAUGCUCCAUGCUUUAAUGAUCGGGCUACCCGAAAUUUGUGCAUUGAGAUAUAUCUUUUACUCGUUUGAGUAGUAGUACUGUGCAUUUAUCAGGACCCCAUAUUCUUCAAGAGAAUGUACCAGUAUGCUGCUAAUUAUUUGAAAGAAACUGCAAUUUAAAUCUUCAUGAAGCUGUAUCCACUACCCAGGCAACAGCAGAAAUCUGUUUAUUACACAUUCAUAAUGUAGGAAAUUUAUCUCAAGAAUGGGCAAAGAUACAAUAAUCUCUUGAUUAUGCAAACAUAUUAUUAAGGUUUACCUCCUUAAUAGUAAUGCUAUUUGUGUGAUCAAUAAUCUACAUCCAUUGGGAAAUAACUGAUGGUGGCAAGUAUGCUGAGAUAAGGGAAAAAUUAUAAUCAUCUACCUAGUAGCGUUUUGAUUCACCUACAGACCACAAUACAACAGUGCAUCUCUAUGGUUUGGACUAAUUAGUUCUUCGUUAGUUUUUCAGUUGUAAAUUGGACUAUAAGUCUACACACAUCUCACACCUUUCCCAUUAACUGUAGGCUAUUGGUUUGUUGCUGUCUAGUUGGUGUGCAAUAGCAUCCCAGAUUCAUUUCAUCAUGAUCUAAUGAGGUGAGCUGGGUGGGAAAGACAACAGUGUGAACCAUCAUGCUGCUCGAACCAUUGCAGUGUGAUUCUUACCUUGUAUUUUGGACAGUUAUCCUGCUGCAAGAUGUUGUCACUCUCUGUAAAUACAUCAAGCAUUAAGUAAUAAGGUUGCAAUAAUGUUCAUGUUCUCCACAUCUGUCAUGGUGCUUUCAGUUAUCACCAGCUGUUUUCUUGCCAUCUCGUAUGAAUAUACCCCAUAGCAUGACACUGCCUCCAUCUUCCUGCACCUGUUGUGUGGUGCAUGUAUGAAACAACUAGUCAUUUGCAUAAUGACAUAUCUGAGCACAACCAUUGACCUGGUCUGAAAGAAAUGUCAUUCAUCCCAACAUGUGACACUUCCUUAUAGGUAUGCAGUCCAAUCUCGAUUGUCCUAUUUGUAUUGCUAUUGUAACUUACAACAUUGUUAGAUCAACAUGGGAAUACAAAGCUGUUAUAUAAAACUUGGGGCCUCAUGUUAACAGUGUCUGCUUAAUAGCUUGAAACGCUCGAGCCUGCUCAAGCAUUUUCUCCUGUCUCCACAGAUUGCCAUCUAUCCCACUUCACAGAGCAGCUAGGUUCUGAUUUGCUUGUUCUAGAUAAUGCAUGGGCAUCCUGCAACCUUUGUCAACUUGUUGUUUCACCAUAUUUCAACAAUGUUCCAUAGAGGCUCAUGACAGAAGCAUCUGCACAGCCAACCACAUUCGCUGCUUCUGAGAUGCACUUACCCAGGCGCCAGGCAAAACCAUCUGCUCUUUGGCAAAGUUAUUUAUGCCAUUUUUUCACAUACUGUCACUACAAUGAUAACAACUCACUUCUGGUUGUAUAGUUUCAUUACUACAUGACAUAACCACAGUGCCACUGCGUAGCAAACACUCCUCCUAUGGAAGUGGGUAUAAUGAUUUGGAUCAACAGUGUAUCUUCACAAAGAAGGGUCUUUUGGUAAAUUGUGUAGUAAUUCAGUUUUUCUACUUUGUUAAAUUUUAUGUCAAUACACUAUUGCCAGUUCAAGUGCCGCAUUUCUUGUGAAAAAUAUUUGGAUUACAAAGCUCUGUACAUAAUUCUGAGUUAAUGAAGUUUAAUUUUAUGCAUCAAAUCUUUUAAUUAUUUGUCUGUUUUUAAAUAUCAUGUAACUA